AUGCGCGCGCCAAUUACGCUUAGCUCAGUCUUAACGAAUGGAUAUUUAUCGUCUGAAAAACCCUCGUGGCAAGAUGUCGAGUCUCUAGGUGUUGAACGGCCUCAUGAAAAAGAUUCGAAUGGCUGUGGAGGCGGGCGACUGUAUUUCCACGUCGAAGCGCUAGGUCGCGAGUAUUUAUAG